AAAAAUCAAUUAUAAAAAGUAUCCACAUUGAAUAAACUAUGUCCAACCAAUUAAAUAGUGUUGGUGUGCGUCCAAUUUUCACAAAUUCCACUGCUCACACCCAUCAAUCAUCAUAUAUAUCACCAGACACAUAAGUUCUUUUGUGUUGGAUCUCUAAUUUCAAUUUCUCCCUCUAAGAGACAAUAAACACAAGUUUUAAGGUUAAGGUUUGUGUCGGUUCAAAAAAUGGGCAGAAAGUGCUCACAUUGUGGAAACAUAGGUCAUAAUUCAAGGACUUGUAAUUCAUUAAGAGGAAGUGGUAGUUUUGUUGGAGUUAGACUUUUUGGUGUUCAACUUGAUUUAUCUUCUUCUUGUGUUUCCAUGAAAAAGAGUUUUAGCAUGGAUUCUUUUCCUACUUCAUCUUCUUCUCCUACUUCUUCCUUUUCUUCUUCAAGAUUAACCAUUGAUGAUAGAGCCUCUAUUGGUUAUCUUUCAGAUGGUCUCAUAGUUCGUACACAAGAAAGGAAAAAAGGAGUUCCAUGGACAGAAGAAGAGCAUAGAAAAUUCCUUGUUGGACUUGAGAAGCUUGGAAAAGGAGAUUGGAGGGGUAUCUCUAGAAACUAUGUGACUACAAGAACACCAACACAAGUUGCAAGCCAUGCUCAAAAGUAUUUUAUUCGACUUGCAACCUUGAAUAAGAAGAAGAGACGUUCAAGUCUCUUUGACAUGGUUGGUAGUGGCAAGACAAACAAAACAGUUGAUCCAAAUAACAGUUCUAAAAGCAAGUCAGGAGAUUCAGUUUGUAGACAUGAUCAUGAAGUUGAGAAAGAUGCAACUUUGUCACUACUAAUAAACUCACUUCAACAACAAACCAAAUCAGAUGAUUAUGAUAUGCAAAAAAUUGAAGAUGAUUCUGAAGAAGCAGAACAUAAAGAUGUUCCAGAUUGGCUACAUCCUCUAACAAAGUCUUUAAAUAUGACAUUGGUGAUACCAAAUUCUUCAAAUGUAGCACCACCUGAUCUUGAACUAACUCUGGCAGGGUCUAAGUCAAAUAACAUGGAACAAGAUAAAACAUCAUCAAGUUCAUUUCUUAUUGGGCCAAUUAGUGUCACUUAAUUAGCUUAAAUUAUUAUAAAAUGUUUAUAUAUUACUCCUUAUGUAUGUAAUUUAUGAAGAAAAAUUUUGUUUUUAUUUA